UUAUACUCUUGGACUUGAACUGAAUAAUUUGGGCUGAACUUCAAGCCCAAAAUUGACCCGACCCGUCUAAUGACUAGGGCUUAUGCCUAAACCCUCUCCAGUAUUCAUGGUUUCAUGCUCUCACUGAACUAAAACCAAAAAAACACCCAAAUUGAAAAUUGAAACGAAAAAGAAGAAAAAAGAUGAGAACUUUAGGGUAUUUUUGCUCUCAUAUAAGUCGAAUCCGAAAAACCCUUAAUCGAAAUCCAAGCGUUUCCUCUUCCAUUCAAUCUUCAAACAACAUUAACCUCACUUUCACUCAAGAUUACACCACCCCAUCACAAGAAUCCACCAAACAAGCUUCUUCCGAAAAAGUCGCCGCAAUCGUCGAUGAACUCACCGGUUUGACUCUGCUCGAAGUGACGGACUUAACCGAAGUCCUCCGCCAAAAAAUGGGUUUUAAAGAGAUGCCAAUAAUGGCAAUGAUGAUGCCCGGGAUGGGAUUUGGCGGGGCCAUGAUACGAGCCGGGAAACAUGGGACUAGUGGACCCGGGAAAGGGGAAGAGAAGAAGGAGGAAAAGAUGGUUUUUGAUCUGAAGCUUGAAGGGUUCGAUGCGGCGGCUAAGAUUAAGGUGAUCAAGGAGGUUAGAGGGUUUACGGAUUUGGGGUUGAAAGAAGCUAAAGACUUGGUAGAAAAAACGCCUACCUUGAUGAAGAAAGGGGUUACUAAAGAGGAAGCUGAGAAGAUUAUUCAGAAGAUGAAGGAGGUUGGAGCUAAAGUCUCCAUGGAGUGAGACUUUCUCCAAGGAAAAUCGGACAAAGAAGAAGUGCAAAGCAUUUGCCAAUGGUUUGUGAAAAUGCAGAGUAACUGAUAUUGAUGUAUGAUGCAAGGAUGACUGUAGGGUGAAGGAAGAUCCAUUUAUGGAUUAUUGAUAAAGCAGAACAUUCUUUGAAACAACUGAUUUGCAGCACAGUUGAGUUCAUAUUAUGUUUUCAUUUUCAACAAUCUUCGCUGUAAUUUCAUGAUGAUUCUAAACCACCACCUUUGUAGAACUGAAUUUUGACGAUGGAUUCAUUUUAUAGACAAACCUUUCAAUAGUCCUUCGAUGAAUUUCAGUGAUUCUUUAAGGCAAUGAACAAGUUUGUAUGCUGGAACAAAGGUAAAACCUCAAAUAAUGGAAAAA